CCCAGUUUGGAUUUGAUUACAAGGGAUAUUCGUCGCUACGAUUAACGUCCAUUUCAUAAUGCACUGCUGAGUCUCUAGUCUUAUAUGAUAAUCCAACGAAGAGUCAAAAUGACAACAAAAGAAAUUCAAAGCGAGACGAAAGACGAACUGGAAGCGUCGAGUCUUGAAGACAAAAAUGAAGGACAUAAAACGCAAGUGAAGACCAGAAAGAGGGAGGACGUUCACUGGUGGUACGCCUUGACCAUCGUCAGCGUCUUAGCCCUCGCCUCGCGCCAGCUGUACCUGGACCAGCCCCCUGGGUGCACGUGGGAUGAAGUCCACUUCGGAACAUUUGCGAACCAUUAUAUCAACCGGACUUUCAUCCACGACGUUCAUCCACCACUGGGCAAGAUGCUCAUAGCGGGGAUAGCGAAGCUGACUGGUUACAGAGCCUCUUUUGAUUUUCAAGCUGGCAAUGUUUACAACUCAGAAUUCAAUUAUGUCGCCGUCAGAUCGAUGAUAGCCAUCCUGGGAGCAUCUUUAGUCCCGCUGAGUUUCCUGGUUGUAUGGGAAGUGUCGUUCAACCUUAACGCUUGCGUCAUCGCUGCCAUCUGCGUCCUAUCGGAUACGUUCGUCCAUCGCCUGAAUACGCUAAUUCUGCUGGACCCGCCGCUGAUGGUAGCCAUAGUGGCCAGCGUCUACUCACGAUCAAACUUCCACAACACGAGACACAGGGAAUGGUCGAAGGCUUGGUGGGGGAGGAUGAUCCUCACAGGCGUCUGCCUGGGGAUUGUGACGAGCAUCAAGUACGUGGGAGUGUUCACCGUGCUCUUCGUCGGUCUACACACGGCGUAUCAGCUCUUCUGCAUCUCUGUGGACAAUCAGAGGCCGAUGUGGCACGUUCUCCCUCACACCUUGGCGAGGGCCGUGUCCCUGAUCCUUCUGCCAAUCAUGGUCUACCUCUCGACGUUCGUCGUCCACUUCUGGAUUCUGACCCACUGGAGCGUCAAUGGCGGAGGUUUCUACCCGACUAAGUUCUUCGCCUCUUUCAAGAAUACGGAAUACGACAACGCUACGAUGCCAGAGAACAUCCACUACGGCGCCAACAUAACCAUCCAGAACACCCGGCCGCUGUGUGGUUAUCUGGAGUCCUGGUACGACCUCUUCCCUUCUGACUACGCGGCGCCCUGUCAGCAGGUCACUUCGUCCACGAUGCGAGACCCUGAGGCUCUUAUGUGGACCAUUAAGAAGGUCAACCUCGAGGCGGGGGCUGUCCUCGACGGGCGGGAUCCGAGCGAAGGACCGAUCAUCGUCCGGAACGGGAUUACGUCAUGCUGGCACCCCCACGCCGAGACAGGUCGCUCGCUGAGGUCCCACAGCCACAAGGCACCCUUGACCAAGCGCCACUUCCAAGUUUGUGGGUACGGAGAUGAUGGGGCUGGGGGCCCCUUCGAGACGUGGCAGUUGAUCAUCCCUGAUGCUGAACCAGGAGAACCUCUCACGAUCAUCAAACAGGAUUUUAUGCUGAAGCACUACAAGAUGAACUGCUACUUGCAUGUCAGUGAGAAAGCUGUCCUACCGAAGGCUUGGGCUUUCAACGGGGCCAAGGAGGUUACUUGUACCAAAAAUCAAUACAGCACAGGUCUUCGGUGGCACAUAAACUGGAACAUCAGUCCUAAAUUAAACUCGACUGCCAUCACGAAGGACAAGACUCUUGGUCUCUGGGGUAAGAUCUUCGAGCAACAUCUGGACAUGUUCAUAGGAAACUCGGUUCUCGUCUCCACCAGCGAAGAGAUGGAGAGAUCAGCAAGGCCUUGGAUGUGGCCGCUAGCAUGGCAGAUCCAAACGAUGGGUUCCUACAAAGUCAACCACACGAACGAGUACGAGCACUUCGCCAUAGGGAUGACCAAUCCAUAUCUGACUUACGUCAACAUUUUGUGCCUCGUGGGAGUGGUGGUUCUGGCUGCUGUGCACAGCUACAGAGCCAAGAGAUACCAAGACGAAGCCAAGGAAUUUGUCGAAUGUCGCCGCAAAGCGUUGGAAUCGUGCUCUUGGCUGCUGGUCUGCUGGGGGUUUCACUACGUCCCCUUCUUCUUCAUGAGCAGGGUCCUUUACUACCACCACUACUGCCCUUCGUACAUAUUCUCCUGCAUGAUAACAGGUGAUUACUGA